AGCCCCGAGGCUCCUUAGAAACAACAUCGCCAAAGAUACACGCGUGUGCGUGAACGUGGCUGGUCUGCAAAGUCAUUGGCGACCCCCUUCCUCCAAACCAGGCUCCCCCCCUCUCCUCCCGCCUUUGCUGCAGCCGAUCUCUCUCCUCCAGGACCCCGGCGACCAUGUGAUCGCCACGAUAGAGAUCCCGAGGAAAUGCUCUCUUCGUGCGCCUUCCUUCCUUGGAAGAUCUCUAUGAUCGGCGCGGCCGUGCGCGCCGGAGCCGGGGGAGUGGCUCCGAUCCCGGGGUGUUUCCAGCAGCCUCCGGGCUCGGCUCGGUGGCGGCGGAGAGGCGCUUUCUCGCCAGAGACCGGGAUGCCGUCAUAAGGUGACGAUGGAAAUCAGUGGCUUGCCACUGGAGUUGUGGCGCCUGAUAUUGUCCUACUUGCGCCUUCCUGACCUUGGCCGCUGCAGCUUGGUGUGCAGAGCGUGGUACGAGCUCAUCCUCAGCCUGGACAACACCCGGUGGAGACAGCUUUGCCUGGGCUGCAUCGAGUGCCGGCACCCAAACUGGCCCAACCAGCCCGACGUGGAGCCCUGGUCGUGGAGGGAAGCCUUCAAGCAGCAUUACCUGGCUUCGAAAACCUGGACCAAGAACAGCCAGGACCUCGAAUCCUCCAACUGCUUCUACCUGUUCAGAAGGAAGAAGGACCGGCGCGUCCUUUGCGUGGGUCCCGGCUGCGAGUUCGAAAACCUCCGGAGCGCCUUGGUUUCGGCGUGUGCUUAUGACCGGAUCGUCCUGUUGCCCGGAGUGUAUGAAGAGCAGGGAGAAGUCUUGCUUAAAGUCCCUGUGGAAAUUAUAGGGAGGGGCAAACUCGGAGACGUGGCUCUCCUGGUGAGCUUCGACCAGCACUGUCCAACCGUGAGGUUAUGCAAUUUGGUCUUCAUGCCAGCCUGGUUCACUCCCAUCAUAUAUAAGACAAACUCGGGCCAUGUCCAGUUUGACAACUGCAACUUUGAGAACGGACAGCUUCAGAUCCACGCCCCGGGCACUUGCCAAGUUAAAUUCUGCACUUUCAACCAGUCCACCAUCAAUUUCCACAGCGUCGCCAUCUGCCUGCUGGAAAACUGUGAGUUUGUGGGCAGUGAAAACGCCUCGGUGACUGUGGAUGGCUCCCCAUCUGUGGACAGGAACUGGGCCUGUAAGCACUUGAGCACCUUGGCCAAAUCCUGCUCCGCUUCGCUACAGACGCCGGAGCCACAGACACAUUGCAGCGCAUCGAAGCUGGAGAGCCGGGGGCCUCUGCUGACAAGCGUACGGACCUGUGAAAUUGUGGUGGGUGGGGACCCUGGCAAUGCGCUGCCUGCUUCGCACCCCCCAGCAAUGCCGAAGAAAGGGUGCGAGAAAGGGAGCGAUGUCGCUGGGCAUCUCCAGGGGGCCAACAAGGAAGAGGCUGCGACAAUGGAGACGGAUUCUAGCGACAGCGAGCUGAGCAUGAGUAGCGAGAACGAGGAGGACGAUGAGUCGAUGUGCCGGCUGCCUUACCAGGCGCAUAGCCUGAGCCACAUGCUGGCCAAGGUGAUUGACGGCAGGCCGCAGGCUGACGGAUUGGCGGCGCUUCCGAGCGACUACGAGCUGAAAACUCUGCAGCAGGAGCUUCAGAAAGACAAGGAGGCGCAGUCUCUUGCCAACGCCAUGCAAGGAUGCCUCGUUCGGAAGUGUCUCUUCAGGGAUGGCAAAGGCGGCGUCUUUGUUUGCUCCCAGGGGCAAGCGAGAGUGGAAGGGAGCAUCUUCCGGGACUUGACCUAUGCCGUGCGAUGCAUACAAAACAGUAAGAUCGUCAUGCUGAAGAAUGACAUUCACCACUGCAAGACCUCCGGGAUAUUUCUGCGCCUCGGGGCUGGGGGCUUGAUUGCAGAAAACAACAUCCAUUCCAACUGCGAAGCCGGCGUGGACAUUCGGAAGGGAGCCAACCCUCUGAUCCUGUGUAAUAGGAUCCACGGCGGCCUUCGCUCCGGCAUCGUUGUCCUUGGCAACGGGAAAGGCAUCAUCCGUAGCAAUCAAAUAUAUGGAAAUAAAGAGGCUGGCAUUUACAUCCUGUAUAACGGCAACCCUCUGGUGAGUGGGAACCACAUCUUCCAAGGCCUUGCUGCGGGCAUCGCUGUGAACGAGAACGGAAGAGGCCAAAUAACAGAAAACGUCAUCCGGGAGAACCAGUGGGGAGGUACAGACAUCCGCCGUGGAGGAGACCCUGUCCUCAGAAGUAACCUGAUCUGCUGUGGCUAUUCAGACGGCGUGGUGGUCGGGGAGCGUGGGAAAGGACUCAUAGAAGGAAACACCAUUUAUGGGAACAAGGGCUGCGGCGUCUGGAUAAUGUCCUCCAGCCUCCCGCACAUAGCAAACAACCAAAUCGGUCACAACAGCAUCUAUGGGAUUGCGGUGUUUUGCCGCAAAGAUGAUGCUAAUGACUACCUCGCCAACCAAGGGGGCAAUGAGAACUUCAAUGACGAGGGAGAAGCUGCCAACUGGGAGAAUGACCUGGAGAGUGAGGAUGAGCGCGUGGUUAUCCGGAGGCCAAUCAGCGUGGCUCUCGUGGAGUCAAACAACAUCAACCACAACGGAGCUGCUGGCUUGUACAUCAAGAGCAGCGAAGCUCUGAACAUCAUCGGAAACGCCAUCCACGCCAACCACGACUGCGGGGUCUCCGUCUUCCAAAGCUCUCAGCUGACGAGAAUCGCAAACAACAGCAUCUCUUGCAAUAGCCUGGGGGGAGUCGUGGUGGAAGCAGAGUGCCGGGUGGAGCUUCGUGGGAACGGCAUUUACGACAACAGCAGCCACGGGGUGGCCUCCAAGGGCGAGGGAAUCGUCACCGAGAAUGACAUUUUGGGCAAUCAGGGCUGUGGCCUCAAGCUGCUGCAGGCAGCCGAUAUGAAGGUAACCAAGAACAGAAUCCACUCCUUUCGAGGUUAUGCGAUUGAGAUGCUUGACCAGACCAAGGCCUUGGUGCAAGACAAUGUGAUUUUCCAAGGGAAGUCCAAAAAGAGCAUUUUGCAGCAGGCCUCCGACACGGAAGCCUGUGUCGUUCAAAGCAACAAGCUCCUGGCGUUCAAGAAAAGGUCGGACGUUGCCUGGACCCUGGAGAACCCUCCGGCGCGGCCUCACAUCGAAGGAGCCUCCCGAGGCGUAUCAACAUCUGGGAAUAGUCAGAAAGUCUCAAACAUGACCGCCAGGAUAGCAGCAAGAGUGGAUGGGGGUUGCCAUAACAACGGGAGCAUCUUUUGUACAAUUGUGUGAUCCUGGCCUUCCUCAGGGGCCACCCUGGAAAGUCCCUUCCCCAUGCAUGCUCGUUGCAGGAGUGAACGAGCUCACGUUCAGUUGCUUUUCAGUGCAGCGGCUACAGUAC